AUGAGUUUGAACCACAUGGAAAAUAUGCCUUUAAACCAUUCAGGUCCUCGAGGAGCACGGAGAUCAUCUUGGAAGCCAUGGAUCAUCUGCAUAGCAAUAGUUCUGAUACUAUUGGUUUGCUUCAUCAUAAUAUUCAUUUUUUACCCAUUCCAGACUGCUAACAAGCCCUGUCUAGCUAAGUUUGAACUGUUAACCUCAAAAUGGCAGAUGACAUCUCGUAAACCUCCUUGUGUGAAUAGUUUACCUGAAGGGAAGCUGAAGAUACUUCAGGAUGGACUGUAUCUAAUUUAUGGCCAAGUGGCUCCCAGUACAGCCUACAAGGGUGUGGCUCCUUUUGCGGUGCAGCUACGUAAAAACGAAGCCAUGCUACAAACUCUAACAUCCAAUUCCACAAUCUAUGAUGUAGGAGGGACUUAUGAAUUCCAUGCUGGAGAUAUAAUAGACUUGAUAUUCAAUGAUGAACAUCAGGUUCUAAAAAAUAACACAUAUUGGGGGAUCGUUUUGCUAGCAAAUCUCUGA